AUGCCCAGCGAGAGCUGUGGUUUUCGCGAAAGUGAUUCAAAAGAUAACCUGAAAUACUCAAGAUCAGAUUUGAAUGGGCAAUCAGAAAUAAAUGAAAAUCAACUGUUCCGAAAAAAUUCAAUCGAAAAUUUACUCGAUAUGCCAAUCCUUAGAAAGGAGCUGACCGAAAUAUUGUCAUUCUCUGCUCUUGUCCCUUCACUUAAACCGUCAUGUGUAUAUAGACAACUGGAUGACCAAGUUUCACCAGAAUCCAACAUUCCAAUGUUAGUCAAGCGCUACUUUGAUGAAUUUGGAUUUCGAAUAGAUGAUCUUGAAAACCUUCCAUGCCCAUUCAUCGAAUCAUCUGCCAAUCGACGUGCUUGGUUGACCUGCUUGGAAUUCUCUCAUACUCAUACACUGGGUAUAUCAAGUCUAGACGAAUAUGAUGCCAGAUAUAGUUCAGUUGGAUCUACCGUCGAUGAAGAUGAUGAUCAAUUAUGGUCAAGAGUAAACUUGCGUUUAGUUCAGUCACCCAGACUAACAGAACUUAUUCGAGGACAAGCCUUAGAUGUAGAAGCCCUUGCUAGAUCUGGUGAACAACUUGGGAUUCCUCAUUCUCUUCGACCUCAUAUAUGGCCUAGACUAACAGGAGCCUUAUUAAAGGCAAAAGAAUCUAAACAACGGAUCCCUUCGAUCACAUAUACUGAAUUAGUUCAACUCAGCUCUACAGACACACUUUUGGCCGGAAUUCAGAUUGAAAAGGAUCUUUUCCGUACAAUGCCAAAUAAUCUAUGUUUCCAUUCCUCAAAUUCUACUGGUAUUUCGCGACUGCGUCGAGUUCUGCGUGCCCUAGCUUGGUUGUAUGUAGAUGUAGGAUAUUGUCAAGGCAUGGGAUUAAUAGUUGCAAAUUUAUUAUUAUGCUUAGAAGAAGAAACAGCUUUUUGGAUGAUGUGCAGUAUUAUUGAGGAUCUUCUACCACCAUCAUAUUUUUCGUCACUUAGUUUAUUGGGUGUACAAGCUGACCAACUUGUACUGAAUCAUCUACUUCCAUUCUAUCUACCAGAAUUAGAUGCACGUUUAAAAGAAUAUGAAAUAAGCCUACCGCUCAUUACGCUACAAUGGUUUCUCACGCUGUAUUCAAGUGUAUGUCCUACAGCUUUAACAUUUCGAAUAUGGGAUUUAUUAUUUUAUGAUGGUUCAGUUGUUCUAUUUCGCAUCGCCCUUGCACUUUUAUCCUACAAAAGAGAAGAAAUUUUGAGUUUAAACAAUUCAUCUCAGAUAUUCCACUCACUUUCUAAUGCACCAGGGUCAGUGACUGACGUAAAUGAAUUAAUCAAGGCUGCCUACAGUCUAGAUGAUGAACAUUUGGAACCAUCAAAUAUCAGUAGUCUUAGACGUCACUAUUUAGCUCAACUUAUGGUUGAUGAAGGCGCUGUUCUGAAACCAGAUUCUCGUCCUAAUUUACCUAAACAAUAUCUAGCUAAACGACAAUUUCAACGACCCAAAUCUUUAUUCACUACAUUAUUUGCAUCUGUAGCGUCAAAUGGACAACCAUAUCGUCGAAUUACUGGCAUGGCUGUACCAUUUCAAUAUUCUAUUGGUAAUAAUGAUUUGUCACCGCCGUCAUCAUCUAUACAUUAUAAGCCUGCAUAUGUAAGUGUAAGCUUACAUGAAGGCAGCGUUGAAGCGGACGACCCAAAAUUGAAGAAUGUGCACCAAACGGAAAUACUUGUAGAAUUAAAACAAUCAAUUCAGUUGAUUGUGCGUCACUUCCGUAUAAAUGAUCCUGAACAACACGGUGACGCUACCGCACAUGCAGAUUAUUCAAUGGAAAGUCACAAAUUAGACCUCGAUUCUUAUGUACAAAUCGUGCAACAUCGUAGACGACGUGCCAAAGCAUUGAUCGAUUUUGAACGCUUUGAAGUAGAUGAACUGGAAUUUCAUAAAAAUGAUAUCCUAACCAUUAUUAACUCAGAUGACGAACAUUGUUGGAUCGGUGAACUAAACGGUCAACGAGGUUGGUUUCCUGCCAAGUUUGUUGAAUUGUUAGAUGAACGUGGAAAAAAUUAUUCUCCAGCUGGUGAUGAUGGUGUAGACAGAUUAAUUAUUGGCCUUGUUCGCGGAAGUUUUUGCCAUUCACUUGGAGCUGUAUUUUCACAUGGAUUGAAGCGACCACGUCUACUCGGUGAUACUGGUUGUCAUCCAUGGCAUUUUAUUGAAGAAGCUGCGGCUAAAGAAGUAGAAAGAGAUUUCUCUUCUGUUUACUCACGUUUAGUAUUAUGUAAAACCUUCCGAUUGGACGAAGAAGGCAAAGUCCUCAGUCCGGAAGAAGUGUUAUAUAGAACAAUACAUAGUAUAAACAUGUCACACGAUUUAGCUAAUGCUCAUAUGGAUAUCAAAUUUCGUUCCUUGAUCUGCUCAGGUUUAAACGAACAACUAUUACAUCUAUGGUUCGAAAUUCUUUGUUCAUCAGUUAAAGUAGUUAGUAAAUGGUAUCAUCCUUGGUCAUAUCUUCGCAGUCCUGGUUGGGUUCAAAUUAAAUGUGAAUUACGUGUUCUUAGUCAAUUCGCGUUUCAUUUAUCACCAACAUACGAAUUAAACAGUCUUCAAAAUUUCAAUCAUAUUCGACAAACUGGUUUUACGGCGUCUAAAUUAUUUGCUUUAUCAUCGGAGAGUUUGCCGCGUCGUACCAAUAAAUCCAGCUCAAAGGUAAUAUCUACGAUGGGUAAUGCAUUAGACUUGCAUAAAGUCAAACCUUUACAACGUUUAAUGACUGCUUCAUCUGUUGUCGAUCCAAUGAAUGAUCCGCCAUGUCUGUCUUUAUCAUCAAUUCUAAUACCCAAUGAUGAGAAUUUGAAUGAAAUAGAUAGUAACAUGACAACAGCUGCAACAGAGACGACCGGAGACAUGCUAAGAAAAAGUACAAUCAACAUCAUCACAACCGACAUUGAUGAUGAUGAUGAUGAUGAUGAUGAUGAUGAUGAUGAUGAUGAUGAUGAUGAUGAUGAUGAUGAUGAUGAUGAUGAUGAUGAUGAUGAUGAUGAUGAUGAUGAUGAUGAUGAUGAUGAUGAUGAUGAUGAUGAUGAUGAUGAUGAUGAUGAUGAUGAUGAUGAUGAUGAUGAUGAUGAUGAUGAUGAUGAUGAUGAUGAUGAUGAUGAUGAUGAUGAUGAUGAUGAUGAUGAUGAUGAUGAUGAUGAUGAUGAUGAUGAUGAUGAUGAUGAUGAUGAUGAUGAUGAUGAUGAUGAUGAUGAUGAUGAUGAUGAUGAUGAUGAUGAUGAUGAUGAUGAUGAUGAUGAUGAUGAUGAUGAUGAUGAUGAUGAUGAUGAUGAUGAUGAUGAUGAUGAUGAUGAUGAUGAUGAUGAUGAUGAUGAUGAUGAUGAUGAUGAUGAUGAUGAUGAUGAUGAUGAUGAUGAUGAUGAUGAUGAUGAUGAUGAUGAUGAUGAUGAUGAUGAUGAUGAUGAUGAUGAUGAUGAUGAUGAUGAUGAUGAUGAUGAUGAUGAUGAUGAUGAUGAUGAUGAUGAUGAUGAUGAUGAUGAUGAUGAUGAUGAUGAUGAUGAUGAUGAUGAUGAUGAUGAUGAUGAUGAUGAUGAUGAUGAUGAUGAUGAUGAUGAUGAUGAUGAUGAUGAUGAUGAUGAUGAUGAUGAUGAUGAUGAUGAUGAUGAUGAUGAUGAUGAUGAUGAUGAUGAUGAUGAUGAUGAUGAUGAUGAUGAUGAUGAUGAUGAUGAUGAUGAUGAUGAUGAUGAUGAUGAUGAUGAUGAUGAUGAUGAUGAUGAUGAUGAUGAUGAUGAUGAUGAUGAUGAUGAUGAUGAUGAUGAUGAUGAUGAUGAUGAUGAUGAUGAUGAUGAUGAUGAUGAUGAUGAUGAUGAUGAUGAUGAUGAUGAUGAUGAUGAUGAUGAUGAUGAUGAUGAUGAUGAUGAUGAUGAUGAUGAUGAUGAUGAUGAUGAUGAUGAUGAUGAUGAUGAUGAUGAUGAUGAUGAUGAUGAUGAUGAUGAUGAUGAUGAUGAUGAUGAUGAUGAUGAUGAUGAUGAUGAUGAUGAUGAUGAUGAUGAUGAUGAUGAUGAUGAUGAUGAUGAUGAUGAUGAUGAUGAUGAUGAUGAUGAUGAUGAUGAUGAUGAUGAUGAUGAUGAUGAUGAUGAUGAUGAUGAUGAUGAUGAUGAUGAUGAUGAUGAUGAUGAUGAUGAUGAUGAUGAUGAUGAUGAUGAUGAUGAUGAUGAUGAUGAUGAUGAUGAUGAUGAUGAUGAUGAUGAUGAUGAUGAUGAUGAUGAUGAUGAUGAUGAUGAUGAUGAUGACUGGCAUCGCAGCUGUUUAAAGUGUGGAAGAUGUUACAGACCGAUUACACCAGGUUAUCAUUGCAAGCGUAAUGGCCGAAUUUAUUGUUAUAAACCUUGUUACAUGACUCUGUAUGGACCAAGAGGUUAUGGUGCGGUUCCAAACACUGAAAAUUACUCAUAA